GUCAAUGCUGCGUUCCCCAAGAGCCGGGGGGGUGCAAUGAGGACACGGCGGACACCAGCACCCUGCACCGGAUGCCAGCACCCUGCAAGCUGGCAGUGACGGCAGCGAUUUCCCAACCGGCACGUGAGGCCGUGCCACCAGCCCCCUGGGCUGACAGCCACCGAGGAGACAGGACCGUCCCCAAGGAGCCUUGCCACCGGUUGGGAAGCCCUGCACCGCGAUGCCACCCAGCCGGAUCCUGCCACCGCUGCUGCUGCUGCUGCUGCUGGCGCCGGGCCCCACCGCCCCGUGCUCCCCCCCCCAGCCCAAUGCCACCCAUUUCGUCUGCACCGAGCCCACCCUGAGCACCUUCCCUGCCGGGCUGCCCCCCACCACCCUGGCUGUCUCGGUGGAGUUCACGGCACUGGCCACCCUCCUCCCCACCGCCCUGGCGGGGCUGCCCCGGCUGCAGGAGCUGCACCUCUCCUCCAACCGCCUCACCACCCUCCCCGAACCCCUCCUGCGCCCUGUGCCCACCCUGCGUGUCCUCGACCUGACGGACAACCUCCUGGCUGACCUCCCCACUGGCAUCUUCACCGCCGCCGGCCACCUCCAGCACUUGGUGCUGCGGGGGAACCGGCUGCAGGCGCUGCAACCUGCCUGGUUCCGGCACCUUCCCCGCCUGCAGUGGCUCGACCUGGCUGACAACGCCUUGACGGAAGUGCCACCUGCGAUUUUCCACCCCUUGAGCUCCCUGCAUAGCCUGGAUCUAUCCCACAACCGCUUGGCAACCCUGGCACCGGACGCACUGGCCGGGCUGCGGGUGCUGGAGAGGCUUGACCUGGAGGGCAACCAGCUGGGCACGCUGCUGCCUGCCGUCUUCGCCCCCACGCCCGCCCUGCGCCUCCUCUUCCUCCAGGACAACAAGCUGCAGACACUGCCCACCGGCGUCUUCGUCCCCCUGCACCAUCUCCGCGUUCUCGACCUGUCGGGUAACCGGCUGCAGGCGCUGGAGCUGCCCCCCGGCACCAUGUUGGACCUCGACAUCUCCGGGAACCCCUGGGCCUGCGAGUGCCCACUGCUGAUGCUGCUGCGGCAGGCGGCCCCGCAGCUCACUGCCAGCCGCAAUACCCUCUGCGCCAGCCCCGCGCACCGCCGGGGACAGGAGGUGGCUGCUGUGAGCCGGGCUGGGGACACGGGCUGCGAGCCUAAGGGGGACGGGCAGCGCCCACCGAAUCCCUAGGCAAGGGGUUUGGUGUCAACCCAGGUGGCCGGGCAUGUCACCUCCCUCCCUGCCACUCUGUCACCAGCCGAGAUGAGCUCUCCUGGGGAAACUGAGGCAGUGAGACAGGGGUGCAGCUGUCCCCAGCCCAAAGGCCACUCUCCCCAUCCCGUGAUGCCCAUCCCAAUGGCUCCCAGCCCCAUCCCACUUGGCUCAGGCUGUCCCACAUCCCUGUCCCCAUCCCGCCUGGCACAUGUCCCUGUCCCCACCCCACAACAGCACAUUAAAUGCCAUCACUUGUAGUCAUCA